AUCCAACAUUUUCAUUAUGGCUCUGAAUUACCAAAAAUCUUUGCAAGUUCGACAAGGUUAGAGCGAUCACAGAAUGGAGAGUUAUGGUUAGGCGAAACAACAUUCUUAGUAGAUUCAUAUAAUAUUAUUGGAUCAACUACCGUUUGGUUUCAAGAUACUCCAGAACCAACCGAAUAUUAUCAAUUCUAUGUUAAGGAAAUAUUGUAUAGUUAUGAAGGCCGUUGGAAAAUAAGAGACAUCAAAUUACAGCAUCGGCACCCAAUUGAGUAUACCCAAAUUCCUGCUUCUGCUCCUCAGGAU